GAGCGGGGCGCGAGCGCGGGGGCCGGUGGGCAGCCCGGAGGAGGCGCUGCGCCAUGGACGGGCCGCCUUUCAGCGAGGCGGCCUUGGAGCAGACACUGGCUGCCCCGUGCGAGCUGGACGCUGCGCUGCUGACCGACAUCGAAGGUGGAGUCGGCACCGCGCGCGCCCUGGGUGGUGACGGGGCGGGCAGGGCUAGCCGCCUGGACGCCUCGAGGGGGCGCGGGCUGGGCCGCGGCGCCAUGGACUGCACGUUCGAAGACAUGCUUCAGCUCAUCAACAACCAGGAGAGCGACUUCCCAGGCCUGUUUGACCCCCCCUAUGCCGGGGGCGGGGCAGGGGGCACAGAGCCGGCCAGCCCUGAUGCCAGCUCCCCAGGCAGCUUGUCCCCACCUCCUGCCAUGCUGGACUCCCCCCUUGAAGGCCUCCUGGGGGGCUCCAAGGCAGCAGCGCCCCUGCUGCUGUCUCCUCCCCAGACUACACCUACCCCAUUAAAGAUGUACCCAUCUGUGCCCGCCUUCUCCCGUGGGCCUGGUAUCAAGGAGGAGCCUGUGCCACUGAGCAUCCUGCAGCCCCCUGCCCCACAGCCCCUGCCGAGAGCCCUGCUGGCUCAGAGCUUCCCAGGCCCGGCGCCGUCCACACCCCUGUGCAGCUCGGCCCCUAUGCUGGGCUACUCCAGCCUGGCUGCAGGCUUCUCUACAGGCACCCCUCCAGCAAGCGCUCAGCAGCUGCUGACUGGCCAGCCACAGGUUUCCCUGCCAGGGGCUCCCCCUGGCUCCUUGCACACCCAGGUCCAGAGUGCAGCCCCCCAGCAGCUGCUGGCAGCCACAGCCACACCCCCAGUGGUCCCUGGAACGACCACUGUGGCCUCGCAGAUCCAGCAGGUCCCAGUCCUGCUUCAGCCCCACUUCAUCAAGGCCGAUUCACUGCUUCUGACGGCCAUGAAGACAGAUGUGGGAGCCACCAUGAAGACGACAGGGAUUGCCUCGCUGGCUUCUGGUGCUGCUGUGCAGACAGGGCCGUUGCAGACCCUGGUGAGUGGUGGAACCAUCCUGGCCACAGUGCCACUGGUGGUGGACACGGAUAAGCUGCCCAUCAACCGGCUGGCAGCCAGCGGGAAGGCCCCUGGGGUGUCCCAGAGCCGUGGUGAGAAGCGCACGGCCCACAACGCCAUCGAGAAGCGCUAUCGCUCUUCCAUCAACGACAAGAUCGUAGAGCUCAAGGACCUGGUAGUGGGCACUGAGGCGAAGCUGAAUAAAUCGGCUGUCUUGCGCAAGGCCAUCGACUACAUCCGCUUCCUGCAACAUAGCAACCAGAAACUCAAGCAGGAGAAUCUGAGUCUGCGGACUGCUGCCCACAAGAGCAAGUCUCUGAAGGAUCUGGUGUCCACCUGUGGCAGUGGGGGAAGCACAGACGUGCCCAUGGAGGGCGUGAAGCCGGAGGUGGUGGACGCACUGACUCCCCCCACCUCGGACGCUGGCUCACCCUCCCAGAGCAGCCCUCUGUCCCUUGGUAGCAGGGGCAGUGGUGGUGGCAGUGGCAGUGAUUCGGAGCCAGACAGCCUGGUCUUGGAAGACAGCCAGGGGAAGCCUGCGCCGCCGCCUCCACGCAGCCGGGGCUUGCUGGACCGCUCCCGACUAGCCCUGUGCGCUCUCGUCUUUCUCUGUCUGUCCUGCAACCCCCUGGCCUUCUUGCUGGGUGGGUGGGGCCUCCCUGGCCCCCCAGGCCCCCCAGACGCCACCAGUGUCUACCAUGGUCCUGGGCGCAACGUGCUGGCCACCGAGGGCAGAGAUGGUCCUGGCUGUGCCCAGUGGCUGCUGCUCCCACUCAUCUGGCUGAUUAAUGGGCUGCUGGUACUAGGCUCCUUAGCGCUCCUUUUUGUCUAUGGAGAGCCAGUCACACGGCCGCACUCGGGCCCCGCUGUGCACUUCUGGAGGCAUCGCAAGCAGGCCGACCUGGACCUGGCCCGGGGAGACUUUGCCCAGGCUGCCCAGCAGCUGUGGCUAGCCCUUCAGGCACUGGGCCGGCCCCUACCUACCUCCCACCUGGACCUGGCAUGUAGUCUGCUCUGGAACCUCAUCCGCCACCUGCUGCAACAUCUCUGGGUGGGCCGCUGGCUGGCCAGCCAGGCAGGGGGCCUGCAGAAGGAUGGCUCCUUGCAAGCAGAUGCACGUGCCAGUGCCCGGGAUGCUGCCCUGGCCUACCAUCGACUGCACCAGCUGUACACCAUGGGGAAGUAUACUGGCGGGCACCUCGCUGCCAUCAACCUGGCACUGGGUGCUCUGAACCUGGCUGAAUGCGCAGGGGACGCGAUGUCCGUGGCAACGCUGGCCGAGAUCUAUGUGGCAGCUGCCCUGAGGGUCAAGACCAGUCUCCCUCGGACCUUGCAUUUCCUGACUCGCUUCUUCCUGAGCAGUGCCCGGCAGACCUGCCUGGCGCAGAGUGGCUCCGUGCCCCUUGUCAUGCAGUGGCUCUGCCACCCUGUGGGCCACCGCUUCUUUGUGGACGGGGACUGGGCUGUGCACAGUGCCCCGCGGGAGAGCCUGUAUAGCUUGGCCGGGAACCCAGUGGACCCCCUGGCCCGGGUCACUCAGCUGUUCCGUGAACAUCUCCUGGAGCAAGCUCUGAACUGUGUGGUCCAGCCCAAUCCUGGUCCCGGAUCAACUGGUGGAGACCAGGAAUUCUCAGAUGCCCUUGGGUACCUGCAACUGCUCAACAGCUGUUCCGACGCUGCUGGGGCUCCUGGGGCUCCCGCCUGCAGCUUCUCCAUCAGCCCUGGCACUGACCCUGUGUCCAAGUGGUGGGCAUCACUGGCUACUGUGGCAAUCCAUUGGCUGCGGCGGGACGAGGAGGCAGCUGAGCAGCUGUGCCCACUGGUGGAGCACCUGCCUCGUGCCCUGCAGGAGUCCGAGAGAACCCUGCCCAGGGCGGCCCUGCACGCCUUCAAGGCUGCCCGGGCCCUACUGGGCCGCAGUAAGGCAGAGUCCAUGCCGGCCAGCCUGGCCUUCUGUGAGAAGGCCAGUGGGCACUUGCAGGACAGCCUGGCCACCAUGCCAGCUGGCAGCUCCAUUGACAAGGCCAUGCAGCUGCUUCUGUGUGACCUGCUGCUGGUGGCGCGCACGAGCCUGUGGCAGCAGCAGCAGCCACCGGCACCAGCUCAGGCCUCCCCAGGGGCAGGCAGUGGGCCCCAGGCCUCAGCCCUGGAGCUGCGUGGCUUCCAGCAGGACUUAAGCAGCCUGCGGCGACUGGCCCAGAGCUUCCGGCCCGCCAUGCGGCGCGUGUUCCUGCAUGAGGCCACAGCUCGGCUGAUGGCAGGGGCCAGCCCCACACGGACCCACCAGCUCCUGGACCGCAGUCUGAGGCGGCGUGCCGGCCUGGGCGGCAGAGGAGGCGUGGUGGCAGAGCUGGAGCCGCGGCCCACGAGGCGAGAGCACGCAGAGGCCCUGCUGUUGGCCUCCUGCUACCUGCCACCUGGCUUCCUGUCGGCACCCGGUCAGCGCGUGACCAUGCUGGCCGAGGCGGCACGCACGCUUGAGAAGCUCGGCGACCGCCGACUGCUGCACUAUUGCCAGCAGAUGCUCCUGCGCCUGGGCGGCGGGACCACUGUCACCUCCAGCUAGACCCUGGGGGCAGCGUAGAACCCAGGCGGCGGCGUCCUCACCUGGAGCCAUGCUAGAGGCAGCUCUGGAGACCCCGGUCUAUCUCCAGCGGUUCACCCUCAGGCUGCACUGUGCCUGGGGUGACAGGAGGCCCGCGGAGAUCUUUGUCUCUGGCCCUGGGAGGCUGGAGUGGGCGCAACCCCACCGCCCCGACUGCACCCCAGCUGUACAAGUGGUAACUGAAAGGUGCUUACCUCUGGUGGCUGCUCUGGGGGUUGCAAGGGCAGAGGGCAGGAGCCUUGUUUCACCCCAUGCUCCCCCGGCAGUGGCUCUUUUCCUGUUUAGAGGGAAGAGGGGUCGACUGGGCUGUCCUGGCCAGCAUUGCUUCCCUCCCCUCUCUGGGAAGACUUGUACAUAGUGUACAUCAUCAGGGUGCAUCUGCCUCCUGGCCUCAGAGGCUCACGUGCUUUGUCCUUUGCAGACUUUAUUUUCAUAGGUUGAGAAGUUUUGUACAGAGAAUAAAAAAUGAAAUUAUUUAUAACUUAAGUUUGGAGUAUGUCCUUCAGUUGAUAGGCAUGCCGACCAGUAGGGGGUCCUUUGGGCAAUCGCUUCCCCCAGCAUCUAGGCAAAGGCUUCCCAUCCCCAUAGGGACAGUGGUGGGGCCCUGUCUUGCGUUUGAUGUUGUUAUGAGGGUCCUCACUGUAUGACCUCCAGUUAGUCCUCCCCCAUGAAGCUCUGGGCCACAUCUUUGGGCUGUAUCAACCCCUAACCCUUAAGGCUUUGAUGGUCUCAGUUGUCUCUACCCACCUCCCAGCUUCAGCCCCCAUCAGAUCUGGGGUUACAAGGGAGGAUGAACUCAGUGUCCUCGAGGGUUUGCCUUGGCAGGAGGAGCUACAACCUGGGUCUUCCUGUAUGUCUGGGUGUCAAGUCUCGCCUUCCUCCACGCAUCCCCUAGUCAUCUCACACACCCAAAGUGUUGUACCACC